UUAUAAAACAGAACCGUCCUCACUUCAAGACUUGCAUUCACAUCAAUUGAUCCUUUUCCUCCCCCUGAUCUCUGUCACUCUGCAUCAAACCCUAAUCAAUGGCGACUCUCCUGCAACUCCCCAUCCUCAUUCUCAUGUUCUCCUUCUUAAUGUCUACUGCCAUAGCCAACAUUCUCUUUGAAGAAGCCUCAGCAUCAACUUCAGCUCCGCAACAUUCUCGACCUUCGCAACUGUUUCAACCAAACAAAGACGACCAAUUCUAUGGAGCAUCUGUCUUCGGUCCCGUCUUGCACAGCCUUGGUUUCCAAGAACUCGCCAUGGCUGUUCAUUCUCUCUCCGCCUCAUCUUCUUUCAACACUUGGACCGGUCCUUCCACCGUCUUCGCUCCCACCGACGCUUCAAUCCGUAGCUGUUCUUCAUGUUCGGUUACCAGACUUCUCCAGGAGCAUACCGUGCCAGGUAUUUUCUCUCUUCACUACCUGCAAACUCUGGCAUUCGGAACCAAGAUCGAGACGAUGGUGCCUGGCCGGUGCCUCACGGUCACUUCUGCCGUCAACAACACUAAGAUCUUCAUCGGCGGAGUUGAAAUUACUCAUCCGGACCUCUUCAACAAUGGCCUUAUCGUAGUUCAUGGCCUCGAUGGCUUCGUUUCUCACCUUUCGCCAUUCUCUUGCAACAUUGAAAGAGUAAACUCUGUCUCCUUUCCUUUUCAGCCGUCUGAUCGUUCCCACUCAGUUCCGUCCUUUGCUAUUAUGCGCCUCAUGCUAAGGGACGCCAUGGUCCGACUGCGCAUGAACGGAUUCAGCAUACUCGCUCUCGCGCUCCGGCUUAAGUACCCUGAACUUGUAAGUCUCCAGAACAUGACGGUAUUCACUCUUGACGACGCCUCGAUUUUCACUGGCGGCCAAGCGUACGUUAGCAACGUAAGGUUCCACAUCGUGCCGAACCGCCUGUUGUUGGCUGCCGAUCUGCAGAAACUGCCGGUGGCAACGUUGUUGCCUACGCUGGAACCUGACCAGAAGUUGAAAGUAACCACGGCUGGAGGCGGAGCAAUGCCUAUAAGGAUCAAUUACGUUCGGAUCAAGAAACCCGAUGUAAUGCACAAUCUUAAGAUCGUGGUUCAUGAUUUGUACAUGCCGUUCCCGCACCUUCAUCAGGCAGAGGCCGUGGUCGACGGCAUCGGACCAUUGGGAUUAGACGGGGCUGAAAUGGAGAUUCCGGUGAACAAAUCUUGUUCAGUUGCAGGAACCGAUGGAAGUGGUAGCUGUGCGGUGGUCCCCAAUUCUGAGAUAAAACCAACGGCUGAAUUGGGAAUGGAAGACCAUCAUGGCUUGUGAUGUGCCACUUCAAAAGCGCCUGGUUGCAGUAAUGUGAGAAGUAGCGUUACAGAACCUUACAAGGUGACUGUACUGUUGCGAUCUUUAGCGCAAGUAAUCAUCAACUAGCGACUAACGAGAACUGAGCGUACUGUGUUGGAUAUCGCUAGUCAUAUUUGUCCAACCGAAUUAAUGAGGUAUACAUGGCCUUUCAUCA